UCACGGCAGAAAUAAACAGCGCGGGGCUGGUGGGCUGAGGAAGGGAUGGUCGCGGAGUCCCAGCGGUUCGCCAUUGUUUUCCCACCCCACGUUCGGAUGUCCAUGCGGAGCCCCGUCUCUGUGCAGCUGGCCCCAGACAGUAUUAGCACCAUGGUGAACUGCACGGUCAAGUCUGAAGAGAAGAAGGAACCUUGCCACGAGGGCCCCCAUGGCACAGCCGCUGCAGUGGAGCCCCGGCCUGGAGACCCAGCCCUGGCUGCUCAGGAUGCCGCCAACUCACAAGCUCCAGCUCAGGACUGUGCCUCACCAGAGAGCACUGGGUCCCCAGACCCCAAGAGACCAGCAGCUUCUGACGCCGCUUCAGGAAGCCAAGAGCGGUUAGACUUCAACCGCAACUUACAAGAAGUUGUACCAGCCAUUGAGAAGCUGCUGUCCAGUGACUGGAAGGAGAGGUUUCUGGGAAGAAGUUCAGUGGAAACCAAGGAUGUCAAAGGGACCCAAGAGAGCCUGGCUGAGAAGGAGCUCCAGCUUCUGGUCAUGAUCCAUCAGCUGUCUGCCCUUCGGGACCAGCUCCUUACAGCCCACUCUGAGCAGAAGAACAUGGCUGCCAUGCUGUUCGAGAAGCAGCAGCAACAGAUGGAACUGGCCCGGCAGCAGCAGGAGCAGAUCGCCAAGCAGCAGCAGCAGCUGAUUCAGCAACAGCACAAAAUCAACCUCCUCCAGCAGCAGAUCCAGCAGGUUAACAUGCCUUAUGUCAUGAUCCCAGCCUUUCCCCCAAGUCACCAGCCUUUGCCUGUCACCCCUGACUCCCAGCUGGCUUUGCCCAUUCAGCCCAUUCCAUGCAAACCAGUGGAGUACCCGCUGCAGCUGCUGCACAGCCCCCCUGCCCCUGUGGUGAAGAGGCCCGGGGUGGCCACCCACCACCCCCUGCAGGAGCCCCCUCAACCACUGAACCUCACAGCCAAGCCCAAGGUGCCUGAGCUGCCCAGCACCUCCAGCUCCCCCAGCCUGAAGAUGAAUAGCUGUGGGCCUCGCCCCUCCAGCCAUGGGGCUCCCACAAGGGACCUGCAGUCCAGCCCCCCGAGCCUGCCUCUGGGCUUCCUAGGUGAAGGGGACGCUGUCACCAAAGCCAUCCAGGAUGCCCGGCAGCUGCUACACAGCCACAGUGGCGGCUUGGAACACUCCCCCAGCACCCCAUUCCGAAAGGACCUCAUUAGCCUGGACUCAUCCCCAGCCAAGGAACGGCUGGAGGAGAGCUGUGUGCACCCCCUGGAGGAAGCCAUGCUGAACUGUGACAUGGAUGGCUCCCGCCAUUUCUCUGAGUCUCGGAACAGCAGCCACAUUAAGAGACCCAUGAAUGCCUUCAUGGUGUGGGCCAAGGAUGAGAGGAGGAAAAUUCUCCAAGCCUUCCCAGACAUGCAUAACUCCAGCAUCAGCAAGAUCCUUGGCUCUCGCUGGAAGUCCAUGACCAACCAGGAGAAGCAGCCGUAUUACGAGGAGCAGGCGCGUCUGAGUCGGCAGCACCUGGAGAAAUACCCCGACUACAAGUACAAGCCAAGGCCUAAGCGUACCUGCGUGGUGGAGGGCAGGCGUCUGCGUGUGGGCGAGUACAAAGCCCUGAUGAGGACUCGGCGCCAGGGUGCUCGCCAGAGCUACACCAUCCCCCCGCAGGCUGGCCAGGCACAGGUGAGCUCCUCAGAUAUCCUGUUCCCUCGGGCAGCAGGCAUGCCCCUGCCACAACCACUGGUGGAACACUAUGACCCCCAGGGCCUGGACCCCAACAUGCCCGUCAUCAUCAAUACCUGCAGCCUCCGGGAGGAAGGGGAGGGCACAGAGGACAGGCACUCAGUGGCUGACGGAGAGAUGUACCGGUACAGCGAGGACGAGGACUCGGAGGGUGAAGAGAAGAGUGACGGAGAGUUGGUGGUACUCACGGACUGAUUGCCAGCUAGCUGGGCCUGGCCUGUCACCACUUGGGAACAGACUCUGUCCCCCACCAGACGGGCACAGCCAGCCUUCCUGAACUAUGUUGGUACUUGGACUUGGGUGCGUCCAGGUGAUGGAUGACGCUGCACACUUGUAGAUACAUUCCCAAGGUGGUGGGCAGGGUAUCCUCCUCUUCACCACACCUUCUGAGGAACUAAUGGCCUAGCUGGGUGGCAUCCAUGUGGCUGUGAUGAGCCAAGCUGGCUGAGGUCUUUGGCCCUUGGGGCUAAUGGCCAGGGACCACUGGAUAUAUGCCCUUUUGUAGGGCCACCUCCCCGAGGGGAUGUCAGGUACACACCUGUCCCCCUGAGGUCACAUGCUUCGUUUCAAUUUUGUCUUGGCCAAAACCAGCCAUUGUGGGACAGUCAACAUGUCUGCCCUACAAAGCUCCCAGGUCACCCCUCUGUCACCUGAAUCACUUUGCACUCUGUGCAGAGCUGCUCUUUGUCUUCCAAGUCCACGUGCCUCUGGCUGCUGUGUUAGUGUGUGUGUGCCCACAUUUUCAUCUCGCCACUCUUAGCAGGAGGUAUUUGCCGAGUGUCCGCUUUGAGCCAGGCAUGUUGAUGAGCUCUGUGAUGUGUCUCUUGAUGCUUCUCUGGGGGCCUCUUCUGUGUUUCUUUGUCCCCAAAUUGCUACCUCUUUGUCAGUCAGGUGUCUCAGGUUCUGUGUGUUUUCUCCCUGCGUGCAUUUUUCUCUCUUCCUCCAUCUGUUCCUGCCCCCACCCCACAAUCACUGUAUUCUCUGGGUUUUUGUAGGGCCCAGCCUGCCCCUGGGACUGGCUGUUUCCUGACCCCGUGAUCUCUUUCCUCCCUCCUGACUUUGCCCGUCAGCUCCCACAGAGCCAUUUUUAGCUCCCAGUACCGUGAGAGUGUGCCUUGGCCACCAAGGAGCUUGGUCCUGAUUCCUGAGUCCCAGGCAUGGGGGCCAGAGGACUGAUGGCUCCUCUUUUUGUCAGUGACAACCCUGCAGAGGAGACCACAUGGCAUGUUCCAUCCUUUCUUCAUGAGCUUGGGCUGGGUUCCUUUCUCCCCGACCCUGUCCUGGGGAAUGGGCUUCACUUGGUUGUUUCCCAAGAAAAUCAAAGACUAAUGAACCUAGCUCCAAAGAUCUGGAACAGCCCCAGGCCAGGGAGAUAACCCCAAAGGCCACAUGGCCAGGUUGCCCCCCCCUUUCCCCACCUUGUGACCCUAUUUCUCUCCAGACUGUUUCUAUGACUGUAAACAUAGAUAGUGCUUUAUUUUGUUACUAAGAAGAUAAUGAUGAAUAACUUAACCAGCACAUCUGUUUUCUGAUGGUAUAAUAAAGACCGACCAUUUCA